AUGUCGGCCGCUCGCUACGCUGUCCGCGUCGCUCGUCGUGGCCUCGCCACCGCCGCCGCCCACCCGACCACUGCGUCCGCCGCCGCGUCGAGCGCGCCGCGGGCGGCCAUUCCGCUCGCUAACUUGGAGGCUCAGUGGGAGCGCAUGAGCAACGAGGAGCAGGUUGCGGUCCACGAACAGCUCGAGGAGCUCCAGAAGAAGAACUGGAAGGAGCUUUCCCUCGCAGAGAAGAAGGCCGCCUACUACGUCUCAUUCGGCCCCCACGGCCCGCGCGCACCCAUCAACCCUCCCGGCACGACGCUCAAGGUCGCACUCGGCGUCACCGGUCUCCUUGCCGCAACCGGCGUCGUUUGGUUCACGACCCGCUCUCUUGCUCCCCCUCCGCCAAAGACGAUGUCGAAGGAGUGGCAAGAGGCAUCGAACGAGCGCGCCAAGGAGAUGCGCAUCAACCCUAUUUCCGGUAUUUCAUCAGAGGAGUACAAGGGCAAGGGUUUCGUCACGGAGGACAAGUGA